AUGGCUAAAUUGGGCUCAUUUUUUCGUCGUUUAUUUACUUCAACUUCCUCUGAUAAUCAAUGUUCAUCAUCAUCAUUAAAAUCCGAAUCUCGAAAAAGUGUACUUAUCAUUGCACCUUUGUCGCCAUCAAAAUCAUCAAAAUCCAAACUAACUACAAAGACUACUCAAUCAUGUUCAGCAUCACCUCGACCAUCACCUCGUACAGUGAUAAAACAAAUAACAAUAAAUGUUGAUAAUAGAAAUGAGAUUCCUAAUUCUAAUUUUCUUUCAUCAGAUGUCGAUAAAAUCAAUAUGCGUCGUCUUAGUGCUCCUCUUAUUAUUCAUACUCCAACUCGUCAUCAUCCUCAAUAUUCAUCAACAAUAGUAAAUGAAAGUACGGAAGAAGCAUUGCUGUCAUCAUUACAACGUCAUUCAGUGUCGUCUUCAACAACAACUAAUGCUUGCCAUAACAACAGUUUUCAUAGUUUAGGUAUUAACGAUGGAGGUUCAGCAAGUCCAUCAUCACGUCCCGAUGUUCGCACACCGCCAACACAAGUUGUUGUGGGUACACAGUCAUCACCACGCGUUAGUAUACCAUCAAACAAUUCGCCGUCACACACUAAUGUUAUGAAAGAUAUUUCACCAGUGGUUGAAACUGCAACAAAUAUUAAUUCGGACAGAAAAAUGUCAUUGCCACCAAGAGGACGACGUCCAUCUAUGUUUGAUCCAAUCGAUCCAAAAGAAUUACAACAAGCUUUAUAUGCUUCAGCCGCUGUUAAAAGUUCUUUGCCAACAAAUCCAACAAAUGAAGAUGAUUCAAAUCGAGCUAUGACACUGAUAAAAAUCAGUUACGAUCGCGAUAGUGAACAUGUUUUUAUCGAUAGUUUAUCUUUUGAAAACAUGCAAAUGCUUGAUGCAUUUGUCAAUAAUAAUAAUAAUAAUAAUAAUAAUAAUAAUAAUAAUAAUAAUAUGGCCUUAUCAUCGGCAAUGACUGCCAGUGCUAGUUCAAAUUAUAAUGAUUUUGUACCAUUUUAUUGUCGUUUUCGAUUAUGGCCUGAAAAACGCAGUCUAUUUCAAACAAAAAUAGUUCGUCAUCCACGUUUUCAAUCAUCUUAUUUAUUUGAUGUUAAACAAUUAAAUGAUUUUGAAUUAUCAUUUGAUCAAUUAAAUAAUCAUUUUAUUGAACUACUUUUAUAUAAAGUAGGAACAACGAAACCAUCAUACAAAGAUAUUCGGAUUGCUACAGUUAAAUAUGAUCUUGGAGGUUUAAGUGAAGCGGAUCAAGUUUCAUUGAAAAAACCGCUAGAUGAGUCUGAUCCAUCAUCAAUAAUACACGACGCAGAUUUAGGUGAUUUACUUGUUUCAUUAUCUUACUUACAAAGUGCAGCUAAACUAGCUGUUGUUGUACUUGAAGCAAAAAGCUUACGACCACUUUCUAUUGAAAGUAAACCGUUUCCAGAAGCAUGCGUAAAAGUAACAUUAUUUGAUCGUAAUGGAAAAAAACUUAAACGUAAAAAAACUAGUGUACAACGUGCAUCAGAUUGUCCAACAUUUAAUGAAGAACUUGUUUUUGAAUUACGUCGUGAUAUAGCACAAGAAGUUAUGAUCGAAUUACGUAUUGUACAUGAAUCUUUAUCAUAUAAAGAACAACUUGGUUCUAUUAUAUUUGGUCCAACUAUACAUAAUAUGAUGAAAGGAAUAAUUAGUGCUGAAAAUAUUUAUUGGUCAACGAUUUUAUCUGGUGAAUCUCUCAAUGCACAAUGGCAAAUGUUAAAGACACCAAUACGAAUAGAAGAGUCGAAGUGA